AUGGACAGCUUCAUCCUCACCCUCUCUUGCCCGGACCGCCCCGGCAUUGUCCACGCGGUGACGGCCUUCCUCGUCCAGCAUAACCUCAACAUCAUUGACUCAUCGCAAUUCGGCGACCCCACCUCCCAGCGCUUCUUCAUGCGCGUGCAUUUCAAGGCCGAAUCCAGCGAAAAGCCGUCCGUGGAGGACCUGCGCAAGGCUUUCGAGUCUACCGCUACCGACCUGUCCAUGGAUUUCCAGGUCGUGCCGGCGGCGCAGAAGACCCGCGUGCUGAUCAUGGUCUCCAAGAUCGGCCACUGUCUGAACGACCUCUUGUUCCGCCAGUCGACUGGUCAAUUGGCCAUUGAGAUCCCUCUGAUCGUCUCCAACCACCCCGAAUUCGCCGCCCUGGCGGCCACCUACAACAUCCCCUUCGUCCACCUCCCCGUCACCGCCGACACCAAGCCGCAGCAGGAGGCGCAGGUGCUCGAGCUCAUCCGCGAGCACAACAUCGACCUGGUCGUGCUCGCCCGGUACAUGCAGGUGCUGUCGCCCACCCUCUGCGAGGCCAUGUCCGGCCGCAUCAUCAACAUCCACCACAGCUUCCUUCCCUCCUUCAAGGGCGCCAAGCCCUACCACCAGGCCUACGACCGCGGCGUCAAGAUCAUCGGUGCCACCGCCCACUUCGUCACCAGCGACCUCGACGAGGGUCCGAUCAUCGAGCAGAACGUCGUCCGCGUCAACCACUCCAUGAGCCCGAAGGAGCUCACCCACGCCGGCAGCAACGUCGAAAGCAACGUGCUGGCUACCGCCGUGAAGUACGUGACCGAGCGCCGGGUGCUGUUGAACGGACACAAGACGGUCGUGUUCAACUGA